UGGUUAGUGUGCGAAGGUACAAUCGUCAGUCAGCGAAUGUGACAAUCUAGUUUGCCUUCUUCACUGCACCUGAAAAUUCGUCCAAUAUUCAAUAGUUCUCGGCCCUUCUAAAAGCAGAGAAAAUCGAUUGUACCAUCUGAGCUGGUCUCGCCGUGUUUUCUUCCGAUUUCGAGUGAAAGGAGCCGGUAAUAUUGAAGUGGAAGUGAUAUGGCUGUCAUGGUGAAUCAGGUGCUGCCGGUGGCGCUCGGUGUUCUGGUAGUGGUUGCCGGUGCCAUCAUCGCCAACUACCUGCUAAACAGUGGCAAAAAAGGCAAAUCCAAAUCGAGUAAAGGAGAUUCCAAAAAGUCCUCCCAACCCCGAACUCUCCUUGAUCCCCAGGAAAAAUACAUGCUCCCACUGGUGGAGAAAGAGGAAAUCUCCCACGAUACACGCCGGUUUCGCUUCGGAUUGCCCUCACCGGAUCACAUUCUAGGGUUGCCGGUCGGGCAGCACAUUCACCUGUCCGCCACGAUCAACGAGGAGUUGGUGAUCCGAGCGUACACACCCGUUUCCUGCGACGAUGAUCGCGGCUAUGUCGAUCUGGUCAUCAAAGUGUACAAAAAGGGAGUACAUCCGAAGUUCCCGGAGGGUGGCAAAAUGUCCCAGCAUCUGGAAAGUUUAGCCAUCGGCGAUAAGAUGGCGUUCCGUGGUCCGUCCGGCCGGCUACAGUACCUGGGCAAUGGUAAAUUUUCAAUCAAAAAGCUCCGCAAGGACCCGGCUCAAAUCUACGAAGCUGAUAAGGUGUGUCUUAUUGCCGGCGGUACUGGAAUCACUCCGAUGCUUCAGCUAGUUCGGGAAAUAUUGAAGCACGCUGAAAGCGACAAAACUCAGCUAUCGCUAAUUUUUGCCAAUCAGACUGAGGAUGAUAUCCUGUUGAAACCGGAGCUUGAUGAUCUAGCAGCUCGCUACCCGGACCGAUUCAAGCUGUGGUACACGCUGGAUCGUCCCAAACCGGACUGGAAGCAAGGCAAAGGUUUCAUUACUGACGAAAUGAUUAAGGAGCACCUGUUCGAGCCAUCGCCAUCGACGCUGGUCCUAAUGUGUGGCCCUCCUCCGAUGGUCAACUAUGCCUGUAUUCCAGCACUAGAGAAACUAGGCUAUCCAACGGAUCGAAAUUUUGCCUACUAAAUGUCGUCUAUCCAGUCGUAAUAUUAACCUAUUUUCGGAGAACAUCGAAAAGACAUCAUUUUACAAUGACCAAGUGUUUGCAUUUCUGCUCGUUCAUCUCUACUGCUGUUGGCAUCUACCGUAGCAUCUAAGAAGUCAUCGUUGUCAAUGUGUCGCGCAACUUUCGUCGUCGUUUGCCGUCGCCUGGCCUUAAAGUGUCGGAACUGAAGUCGUUGCUCUGAAGAGCAAUUCAACGGCGCAACUAGGGGUUUUACUUCUUAUUCAAUUCAAAUUUGGAAAGGGCUAGUCUAGAGGAAUGGCUGAGUGAAUAAAGGAAAAUGUGCGUGAAGAGAUUAAUAGAAUUCCUAGGGCCAAGAUAUUUAUCGAAAAAAACUGUUAAAUAUAGCUGUCUAAGACAAUGGCAUUAAAAUAACUAAACGAAGUUUCUGAAACUACCUUAAUAUAUGCGUAGAUUAACGUUGA